AUGACGUUCAAUUUCAACCAAAAUGUCUCGGCCCAGCAGCUGGCCGAUAUCCUACCGAACGGCGUGGCGAUCCUCGACGACCGAUACGAGCUGAUAUCCGCGAAUCGUCGAUUUCGAGAACUCAUCCCUUGUCCCACCGCAAAGUUUCGGGAGUGCUGGUUGAACUGUGUCCAUGAAGAUGACUAUGAGCGAGUUGCCACCGAGUAUCAGGAAUCUGCAGUUUCGAAACGAGGAUUACGAAUCGAAUACCACACUCGCGACCCGGACUCGAUGUGGUGCGUCAUGACACUGGGCCAGUUAAAGAACGAGGAUGUCAAGUCACUCAAUAUUGGUGAAGGUGGACUGUUCAUCAGCACCAUCGCAGACAUCACCCCAGAGAAAAAGGCUGAACUCCUACAGAGGCAGGCUGCCAGGGAGGCACAAGAGCGCAAGAAGCAGCAAGAGAGAUUCAUCGAUAUGAUCAGCCACGAGAUUCGGAAUCCACUCUCUGCGAUCUUGCACUGCACCGAGGAUAUUCAGGAGGCCAUCUUCAAUAAAAAGCCGGAUCAGAUCUCGCUCAUGAACAUCACCGAAGCAGCUGAGACUAUUAGUCUUUGCAUCACACAUCAAAAGAAGAUCGUCAAUGAUGUACUGACAUUCUCAAAACUGGACGCGUCAAUGCUGUCUCUAUCCCCGAGGAAGGUUCAGCCCAAACGACAUCUCACCACUCCACUUACAAUAUUCCGACCCGAGCUUCGCAAGCAACGAAUCCAAUUUGAAUAUAAGGCCGAUGUAUCAUAUAACUCCUGUGAAAUCGAUUGGGUCAUGGCCGACCUUGAUCGAAUGGGCCAGGUCCUGAUCAACAUCCUCUCAAACGCGAUCAAGUUCACCGCGAAAUCAGAAAGCGAGCGUUCCAUUCGAGUUUCAAUGGGUGCGUCCAUAGAGCGUCCAUCAUCAUACCCGCCAAACAUCGUUUUCUUCGACUCUGGCGAAUCAGCGCUUCGCAAAGAUGCAACAAAGACUCCGGAAUGGGGUGAUGGCGAAGUCGCAUACAUCAUGGUCGCAGUCAAAGAUUCUGGCAUUGGCAUCACUGAUCUGGCACAAAAACGUUUGUUCGAACGCUUUAACCAAGCUACACCGAAAACUGAAAGUAUAUACGGUGGUUCCGGUCUUGGUUUGAACGUUUGCAGAAAGUUGUGCCAUCUUCAUGGGGGUGAAAUUGGUGUGAGCUCUGAAGAAGGCAAGGGAAGCACAUUCGGAUUCUUCUUCAAAGUACGCAGAACAAAAGACAUGAGUUCAGAGGGACAUGGUGACAUGAAUAUCUCCGGGAUGGAUCGGCUUUCUCUUGAUAUUCAAACACUCGGAAACGAGAUGCGCGGUGUCAAUCAGCGCACAGAAGAACCUCAAAUUUCACCAAAUCCCCCGGAAGAUAACCUCUGGGAAGUAGGGCCAGGUGCUCCAAGUGACCAGAAAACCAAACGUACCCACAGUAUAGCGCGGGAAGUCUCAGACGAUCAAAUCAGGAGUGCCAACAAGGACGCCAAGAACGACGACAAGAACGACCCUCUUCCCCACAAGCAUACUGGAAGCGGCCAGCGUCUUCUGUUGGUCGAGGACAACAUCAUCAACAGACGCAUCAUUUCUCGCAAACUAGACACACUUGGGUUCGACAUAUCCGAAGCCAGCAAUGGUAAAGAGGCGGUUGAUGCAACCAAAAACGGACAAUUCGACUGCAUUCUCAUGGAUCAGCAAAUGCCUAUCAUGGAUGGAAAUUGUGCAACACGAGAGAUUCGAAAGCUCGAAGAGAAAAAUGACAGCCAUGUUCCCAUCUUGGGAGUGACAGCGAAUGUGAGGGAGGCUCAGCAAGACGAAAUGAUGAGCGCUGGCAUGGAUGAUAUCAUCCAUAAGCCCUACGGAACGCAGGAGCUUGUUGAUAAGAUCAACAAGAUCGCGCCAAAUGCCCGUUAUAAUGACAGUGGAUGA